AUGGAUAAAUUGACUGAUAACAAACACGUCGCAGUUAUUGGCUGCGGCACGAUAGGCCGCCGUGUUGGUCUUGUGUGGGCUAUGCGUCGGGGCAAAGUUGUCAUAUUCGAUAUAGAUGAACAAAAGGCUUUUGAUGCAUUAUCUUGGAUCCAGUCGAAACUACCACUUUAUGCCAAAAGUGUCGGAAGCGAGCCUGGAAUAUUGGAAGUUGCAUCCAAUCUUGAAGGUGCAGUUCGCAAUGCAUGGAUGGUGGCUGAGUGCACCCCAGAGGUGCUUGAAACCAAAUGUCGUGUGCUUGGGGAAAUUGACCGCUUCUCCGAUCCAACAACAAUUAUCACGACCAACUCAUCCUCCUUCAAGAGCGGUGAGCUCAUUCCUUCCGUCACAGCAAAUGGCCGGGCUAGAGUCCUCAACGCGCAUUACUCUUAUCCCCCUGAGCGUCCCGCUGUCGAGGUGAUGUCCUGUGGUCAUACGGAUCCUAAUGUUAUUCAAACUUUGCUUCAUGAGAUUCUAAAUAUCGGCCUUGAACCUGUUGUCGUCAAUGGUCAGUCGACAGGAUUGAUUGGAAACCGCAUCUGGGCGGCGAUAAAACGUGAAGUGAUGAUGGUGCUUGCCGACAAAAUCGGAAGCCCACAGGAUAUUGAUAAACUCUUCAGAUAUGGUUUCGAGUCAACGCUUGCACCGUGCCAGAUUAUGGAUGAAGUCGGGCUUCAGACUGUCUGUGACAUUGAGGAGCAUUACAUCCGAGAGCGCGGAAAUAUUCCAACUUAUCCACUGGAAUAUCUUCGAGAACAUUAUGUUGCGAAGGGCCGUCUGGGCCGUAUGACAGGAAGGGGUCUCCUAGAUUACUGUGAACCAACAAAUAGUGGAUCUUUGCGGGAUCGAUUGAUCGGUACAUGGGAAUUAGUGGAAUACGCAAAUUCGGAAGCUGGGAAGGACUCUUCCCUUGCGGACAAAAUUGAAGGGAUGAUUAUCUACGCCCCAUCCGGGUAUAUGUCAGCGCAGCUCCAGGUUCCGGGCCAGGCUCCAUUCAUAUCAGAAGACUUUUUGGGGGGUUCUGAGAAGGACUACACUGAGGCCGGGAAAAGAUAUUUCGCUUACACUGGGCCAUUCUUCAUCGACGAGUCUCAAACACCCCCUGUUGUUCGACAUCAUGUGACCCAUUGCAGUUUUCCUAACUGGCAAGGGCAAGAAUUGGUACGGCUAGCCAACGUUAGGGAUAGUGGAGACUCGACAUUUCUAUAUCUUACUGCCCUGACAACAGAUUCGAGUGCGACAAAGAGGGUCACAUUGUGCUGGCGAAAAUUGCCUGAUAAUCGGGCUUAA